AGAACAGAACCGCCGAGGGGAGAAGCGUUUCGUGGGGAAAGAUUUGAUUGUUUAUAAAAUAUUUUAUUUCCCUCCGCCGGUGUAAAGUUUGAAAAUUUUUGUUAAUGCUAAUGAAACUCGUCUCUUAAUCUUCUCUCUUCCCAUGAAGUUUCAUUUCAUGACCAUUAAUGGCGAAAUAUGCUUUUGGGUUUUAAAACAGUGAAACCCCAGUUCUUCUUCGUCGAAAAUCAGUGCUGAAAUCUAGGGCUAGGGCCCAGAUUUUGAUCCAGGAGCCAACCCAUCAUCUGUUUCUUAAAGUUUCAGUAGAAAAGUUGGUGGGUUUUUCUGUUUCGGAAGUGGGGAUGAAGCGAGUAAAAUUUGAGUCGGUGAUGCAGCCGAGUCGGCUCAGGCUGAUUCAGUUCAUGAUGGGUGUUCUGUUUUUCUAUCUUCUCUUCAUGAGCUUUGAAAUCCCUCUGGUGUUCAGAACCGGGUUUGGGUCAGGUCCGAAUUGGUUCCUCACCGAUGCACUGCCCCGGAUUCCGACACUGGAGAGCGAGUUUGACUUUACCGUGCAAUCUGCGCCGGCUCGACCAGAGGAGGAAACUGCGCUGAAUGGGACACGGACGCCGGCUAGGCAAAUGCGUGAGUUCAAGCAACUUUCGGGUCUUCUCUUUAAUGAAAGUUCGUUUGACGCAAAUGAUGCUAAAGACGAGUUCUCAGUGCUUCACAAGGCGGCGAGGCAUGCAUUUGUGGUGGGGAGGAAACAAUGGGACGAUAUGGAAUCGGGUAAGAUCAAAUUGGAUGUAGCACAGAAACUGGGGAAUGGAACCAGAAGCCAAACGGAAUCUUGCCCGGAUUCGAUUUCCUUAUCUGGGUCGGAGUUCUCGAACAGGAGCCGGAUCUUAGUGCUACCGUGUGGCUUAACGCUGGGAUCGCACAUUACGGUGGUUGGUAUGCCACAUUGGGCGCAUGCAGAGUACGAUCCAAAGAUAGCGGUGUUGAAAGAGGGGGAUGACUCUAUAAUGGUGUCGCAGUUUAGGAUGGAGUUGCAGGGGUUGAAGACUGUAGAUGGUGAGGACCCGCCUCGGAUUCUGCAUUUCAAUCCUCGGCUGAAGGGAGACUGGAGUGGAAAGCCAGUGAUCGAGCAAAAUACUUGUUACAGAAUGCAGUGGGGUACUGGAUUGAGGUGCGAGGGGUGGAUGUCUAAAGCUGAGGAGGAAACAGUUGAUGGACAAGUUAAAUGUGAGAAAUGGAUCCGAGAUGAUGAUGUUCGCUCCGAAGAAUCAAAGGCUACAUGGUGGUUGAACAGGCUGAUAGGAAGGAAAAAGAAAAUGACAUUUGACUGGCCAUAUCCUUUCUCAGAGGGAAAAAUGUUUGUUCUUACUUUAAGGGCUGGCUUAGAGGGUUACCAUGUCAACGUUGAUGGGCGUCAUGUCACCUCUUUUCCAUAUCGAACUGGAUUUGUUCUUGAGGAUGCCACUGGACUAUCUUUAACUGGAGACAUUGAUGUGCACUCUGUGUUUGCUGCUGCCCUACCAAAUUCACAUCCAAGUUUUGCUCCACAAAAGCAUCUUGAGAAGUUGAGUAAAUGGAAAGCACCACCACUUCCCGAUCAACAUGUAGAGCUUUUCAUUGGCAUACUUUCUGCUGGCAACCACUUUUCUGAGCGGAUGGCUGUGAGAAAGUCCUGGAUGCAGCAUAAGUUGAUAAAAUCUUCAAAAGUAGUGGCUCGGUUUUUUGUAGCACUGCAUGCACGAAAGGAAGUAAAUGUGGAGUUGAAGAAAGAAGCAGAGUAUUUUGGUGAUAUUGUUAUGGUCCCUUACAUGGAUAACUAUGACCUUGUUGUACUAAAGACUGUUGCUAUCUGUGAAUAUGGGGUUCGCACUGUGGCUUCAAAAUAUAUUAUGAAGUGUGAUGACGACACAUUUGUUAGGGUGGAUACUGUCAUUGCAGAAGCAAGGAAAGUCCCUGGAGAUAGUAGCUUCUAUAUUGGAAACAUAAACUACUACCAUAAGCCCCUCCGGGCUGGUAAAUGGGCUGUGACAUAUGAGGAAUGGCCAGAAGAAGAUUAUCCACCAUAUGCAAAUGGUCCAGGCUACAUACUGUCAUUUGACAUUGCAUGGUUUGUUGUAGUGGAGUUUGAGCAACACAAGUUGCGACUAUUCAAGAUGGAAGAUGUGAGCAUGGGAAUGUGGGUAGAACAGUUCAACAGUUCAAAACCAGUUGAAUACAUCCACAGUUUGAAGUUCUGCCAGUUUGGAUGCAUAGAGGAUUAUUACACUGCUCAUUACCAAUCUCCGAGACAGAUGAUGUGCAUGUGGGAUAAAUUGCAGUCCCAGGGAAAGCCCCAGUGCUGUAACAUGAGAUGACCGUUGUUCACCAUGGUAAAUUUCAAAAGCAAGACCUAGGCAAAUUUUGCAGUCACAGUAUAUCUUUGUAUAUAUGGGGUUUAAGUUAAAAGACAUAUUAGGCCUAUCCCUGCUUCACUUUCAAAAUUCAUUCUUUGGGCCAUUUGGUCCAACAUUCCCCAAUGUCAGAAAUGUAUACAAUGAUCCUAUAUAAACAACUGCUUUGUAAUCCAGGGUAAAGAACUACAGAGCCAAGGAAAUGAAAAUUUAUGAAUUUU